UGUCUCCGUAUUCUCCGAUCUGCGUGAUAAUGUUUGGCGAACGAACAUCGGUGCUUCGUUUGUGUUGCUAGAAAACGGCAUCCCGUACAUUCCGCGUGGGUGUGAACGUGUGUAAUUAGGCACGAUUAUCGAACGGUGUAGUGCAACGAGUAAUUUAAUUGCGAAACGAGAUGAACGUGCUGUGAAUUCAAUGCUGAAAACUUGGUAUUAUCAUAUGAACUAAGAGUUUAGUGUUUGUGGAAAGUAGUUCCACCUUUGACACGGCCCCCCCAUCGAGGUGGUCGCAGUUUCUUUCCCGUAGUGCCAAAUCCCGUAGUGGUUUAAAAAUUUUAAAGCACGCACAGAACGCACCUUGGUAAAAGUAUCUACCCCCUGCACGAUCAUCAUGGCCAGCUUCAGAACACGCACGCUUUCACUCGACGGCAGGGCGGAUCGGUGUCUGUUGGCGCUGGUGGUGCUACUGGUUUCCCUCGCCACCUUGCAGCCGUGUGAAGGUCAGGCGCAGAUCACAGCACUCGAUUCCCCACUGUUCACCACCCAGUACCGGAAAAUGCGCGAAAUUAUGUUCAACUUCAUCGGCCCGACCGGCACCAGCAAGAACAAGUUUUUGGCCAAUCUCAAGAAAGGGAAAGUUCAACGGCAGUUCGGUUCCGACGAGCCGUUUUUUUGUGACACCGCGGGAAUGCGCAGCGAAACGGUGCCCACUUCGGUGGACCAACUACGGCCAGGAGACAUCGACAUUGUCGGCGCCAUCGGCGACUCGCUGACGGCCGGCAACGGAGCGAUGGCCACCAACAUGAUGGAGGUGCUGAUCGAGAACAAGGGCCUGUCGUGGAGCAUCGGAGGUCAGGGCACGUGGCGCCAGUACCUUACGCUGCCCAACAUUUUGAAAGAGUUCAACCCGCAACUGUACGGGUAUCCGACCAGUGACGGGCUCUCGUCGAGAAAGGCCGCUCUGUUCAACGCAGCCGAGGGAGGAGCCAUGUCGCAGGACAUUCCGUAUCAGGCGCGCAACCUCGUCAAGCGGAUGCUGUCUGAUCGGCACGUAGACAUUGCGAACCACUGGAAAGUGAUCACGCUCAUGAUCGGGGGCAACGACUUCUGUGCCGAGAUCUGCUACAUGUCCACCCCGGAGAAGAUACUGCAGUACCACGAGAAGAACCUAGUCAGCGCUCUACGCACCUUCCGGGACUAUCUGCCACGGACGUUCGUCAAUCUUGCCGCCAGUCCCAAGGUCGACAUUCUGGCCCGGUUCAAGAACAAACCGCAGGAGUGCGUUUCGAUGCACGUGAUCGAGUGUCCGUGUCUGAUCGCGUCCCGCUUCCGAAAGCAGCGGCGGCGCUUCAGCAAGCUGAUCGAGGACUGGAACAUGCUGCAGAUGGAGAUUGUGGCGCGGGAAGAGUUCCACGGCAAGCCCGACUUUACCGUCGUUUAUCAACCGUUUACGAUGAACCUUACCUUCCCGGAGACACCGUCGGGCGACACGGACUUUACGUACAUGUCGCUCGACUGCUUCCAUCUGAGCCAGAAGGGUUACGCGCUGGCCUCGAACGCACUGUGGAACAACAUGCUCGAACCGGUCGGUGGAAAAGCGAUGAGCUGGGAACGGGAGUUUACGCGGUUCAAGUGUCCCAGCGCCGAGAUGCCGUUCCUGCGGACCCCCGAAAACAGUUUGGACGGGUUCAAGCGAAUGGGCAUCGCGACGGUGUAAGGCGCUGGCCAUUCUCUCAUGUGCAAUUUUUCUA